CUUGUUGUCCGUGUCAUCCAUUGGUUUCAUCAUGGCUGUACAAGCAGGAAGGUCCGUGGUUUUCGUGACUGGAAACGCAAAGAAACUCGAAGAGGUUAUUCAGAUCCUAGGAGACACGUUUCCCUACAAACUAGUGUCAAAAAAUAUUGACUUACCUGAGUACCAGGGGGAGCCAGAUGAGAUUUCCAUACACAAGUGUAAGGAAGCUGCACAGCAGAUUGAUGGGCCAGUGAUAGUGGAGGACACAUGUCUGUGUUUCACAGCUUUAGGAGGCUUGCCUGGUCCUUACAUAAAAUGGUUCCUGGAUAAACUCAAGCCAGAAGGUUUGUAUAAACUUCUAGCUGGGUUUGAAGAUAAAUCAGCGUGGGCUCUCUGCACUUUUGCUUUCUGUCCCGGUAAGGGUGAACCAGUACAACUCUUCAGAGGGAAAACAGAGGGUCACAUUGUGGAACCACGCGGACCUCGAGACUUUGGCUGGGAUCCUUGUUUCCAGCCAAAGGGAUUUGACAAAACCUAUGCUGAACUGCCCAAAGAAGUGAAGAAUACAAUCUCUCACCGCUUCCGAGCACUGGCUGCCAUGUCUGAACACUUUGCUCAAUCCAACAAUAUCUCACCACAGAACAAGAAUAAACAAGAAGAUUAAUGUUGCUUACUAUUAAGACAUGUUUGGGACAGAUUUGUAAUCUACUUGUAGAAUCCACAGCUAUAAAGGUCACACACUAUGUUUUCUCUUACUUUUAAUAAACCACGUGUUUAAGUGUAAAUACA